AUGUGGAGCACCAAGCAAAUGAUGCUGCUGGCUCUCGUAGCACUUGUACUGGGCUCCGUCCCAGCUGUACAAGCCGACGAAAAAGAAUGUGAAGUGUGCAUCAAGGUGAUUAAUGACAUAAAAGCCACGUAUGCAAAGCUGGUGGAGGAGAAACCCAAGAGCAAGAAGCAGGAUCUAGCUGAGACAGCUGUGACUAAACUCUGUGGCAAGAAGCUGAGCACCAAGGACAAUAAGCUGUGCUACAAUCUGGAGCCUCUGAAGAAGGAUGUGGCUCGUCAGGUGGUGUUCAAGAAAGAUUCACACAAGAUCUGCAAGUCUUUGGAGAAGAAGAACCCAGACUUUUGCUCAAUGCGAUACCCCGUCAAGACGGAUGCUAACACAGAUUAUUCAAAGAUGCGCGUGAAGCAGCUUCGAAAGAUUUUGGGAGAGCGUGGAGUCGAGUGCAUUGGAUGCGUGGAGAAGGCCGAUUUUAUUGCCAAGAUUAAGGCCACGGAAUCGACUCAUGGAGAGUUGUAG